CAAGAUAGUACUGUAUAAUUGCUUUAAUAAAGGCAUCCUAGAUCAGAAUUCUUUAUUUCCAAAGGGAACCACAGUCGUUUCCCAAAACAGAAGAAACAGAGAAGCAAUCCUGCUUUGUAAAAGGGAAAGCAAAAGGGGAGGAGAUAAGCGGUACCUCCCAGACACCCUGCAACUAUUUCCUUCUUCUCUGCAACACCCAGCCUCUAACUUGUUUAGUCUGCAGCAUCUUAGACAUGGCUAUGGAAGGUUAAACUAGAAGUGUGUAAGGAAAGUUGAGAAGAGUAGUUCAGACAAAUCUUGGAUGCUGUGGUUUGCUGCUUGAGCAAAAUAUGCUUACUGGACAACUGUAGAAAGAAAACUGCAGAAGAGAACAGUUACAGUUUAUGCAGAAAGACCACUUUUACCAAGACCAAGAGAACUGUAAGAUGCAUUUUUGCUUCUCAUUCAUCUCUUCAGAUGCUGCUGACCAGCUUGAUUUUGUUUGAGAAUACUUAUUGAAUGCAAAACAUACUGAAAAGAAUGGAGGAAGCAAACAGUGAGAAAAAAGAGAAGUUACAUUUAUAUCAACAUACUGAAAAGUGGACAAAAGAAGAAGUCAAACAAUUCUUAAUUGAAGAUGUUAAUAUUGACCAGAAAUAUGCAGAAAUCCUGUAUAGCCAAGAUGUAACUGGUUCUAGUUUGAAACUAUUGACUAAAGCAGAUCUUGUGGAUAUGAGCAUACCUCAUGGGCCUGCUGUUCAAAUCAUUCAUUUCCUGAAAAAGCAUGGCAUUGUCGCUGAAAGUUCAGACCCGGCUAUGGGACAAGAAGGCAGUGAACAGUGUCUUGAUGGAAAAGUGGAUGGAGAAAUUGCAAAGAAGGAGUGCAAGGAAUACAGGUCAUCGAACUCCAGUAUAUUGCAGGACUCUGAAAGGGAGCCUAUAGAGAAUAAAAGAGAGGUAAAGACAGCUGAUGAGAGUGUACCAGACCAGUCACUGUCAAGCAGCCAGCACCCAACCAGAAACAUGUGUAUGCCACAUCCUUUUGAUAAUUUCAGUGAUGGUACUCGAUAUAUACAGCAUAAUAUUCUUAACGUUCCUGAAACGGGGCCACUCAAUCUCAUUGAUCCAGCACAUGAAUUCAAAUUACUUACCAACACAGAGAAUGCACUAGAAGAGGAUAUUAAGAUGAAAUUCAGCAAUGAAGUCUUUAGGUUUGCUUCAGCCUGCAUGAACUCUCGCACAAAUGGCACUAUUCAUUUUGGAGUACAUGACAAUCCACAUGGGGAAAUUGAAGGAAUAAAAGUUACCAAGAAAGAAGCUUACAUUGAGCAUUUUAAUAAAUAUAUUCAAAAGUACUUUGUUGGGGAAUACAUUGGAACUGCAAAAGCUUGCAUUAGAGAUCCUAGAUUUGUGGAAGUAUUAUUACCAAACGGAACUCCAUCAGAUAUGUUUGUCAUUGAAGUAGAUGUGGUUCCCCAAUACUCCAUAUGUCAUACAAAAUACUUCUCUACUAACAUAUAUGAUUUCAAGAGCAAUGGUUGGAAAAAAGCUGUCUUCAUCCGGGAUGGAGCUAGUUCUAAAAAUAUUCAAGGUACAAAAGAAUUUAAAACAUUUACAUGUAAUUUGCCAUUAUUAGCAGACUCCCGUAAAAGAGCAGAAGAAGAAUAUAAUUUAAAGCAAAAGAAGACAACACUUGAAGGACGAAAGCUAGUUAGUCUGCUCACUGGCAACAGAGAUGUGCUAGAUGACUCUUAUUAUGACUACUACAUUUUGGUAGCAAACAAAAGCCUUUCGAGUCAAACAUCACACUUAGACUUUAUACAGGAAAUAAAAUGGUUUGCUGUCCUUGACUUUGAUUUUGAAUCAGAAAUGAAUGGUGUACUUAAGACUUACCGAAAAAAUCUAAGUGCCAAAAUUCACUUCCCAUCUCAUUAUGAGAACAAGAUGGGUUCAGUUGCUGAACAAGCUGAAAAGCUGAAUCUGCAUCAGGAGACCAACUGGAUUUUCUGCAAUGGUGGAUCAGACUUAAAAGGAAAUAAAGAACCACCAUUAGAUCCCACUUCAUGGCAACGAGAGAGGGCUGCUGAAGUCCGAAAAUUGAUUUCAUUUCUUUCACACAAGGAUGUAAAGCAGAGUGGAAAGUUUUUAAUAGUGUUUCUUUUGCUUUCCCGAGUGGAAGAUCCAUUGGAUCCCUUUACUGAGACGUUUGUUACAUUCUACCAAGAAUUAAAGGGACUAGAAGACAUGGUCUGCAUUUGCAUUGGUACAGGUACGUAUCAGCGAUGGAAAGAUCUUCUUUGUGCUAGAGGUGUUAAAGAGGAAGAACUUUCAAACAAAUGUGUUUCUAAUUUAACCCUGGAGAUGGUAAAUGGUACCAUCACAAGAGCAAAAUCAAUGACAAAGUCUUCCAGAAGACUUCUGCCUUCUGUUGGUGGUUCUACCACUCUCCUAAAGAAGGAAGAUGAUUUCACAGAAGCACUGGAAAUACUGUGUGAAAAUGAAUGCAAGGACACAGAGAUAGAGAAGAAUAAAGAACAAUUUAAAAAAUUCAUGGAAGAGAGGGAAAAAGAUUUUUAUCGAGGUGGUAAAGUGUCAUGGUGGAAUUUUUAUUUUUCUUCUGAAAAUUAUACAUCAGAUUUUAUCAAAAGGGAUCGUUAUGAAAACCUUGAAAAUCUAAUUGUGUCUUUGUCAAACAGUGCUAAUCAGUCACCUGUAGAAAUUGUCAACCUUUACCACCAUCCUGGCUGUGGUGGAACAACAUUAGCUAUGCAUAUCCUCUGGAACCUCCGAAAGCAUUUCAGAUGUGCCGUUCUGAAAAACAAAACAGGUGACUUUGGAACGCAGCUGACAACUUUAGUCACCUAUGGAGCAAACAAUAACAGUGGCUAUUUACCAGUGUUACUUCUUGUGGAUGAUUUUGAAGAUCAAGAAAUCGUCUAUCUUUUGCAGAAAGAAAUUGAGGAAGCUAUAACAGAAAAAUGCAUUCGGUAUGUAAAUCCUUUGGUGAUAAUUCUGAAUUGUAUGAGAUCUCAGAAUCCUGAUGAAAGUUCCACAAUCAAUUCCUUGAAUAGCGUUUCUUUGAAACAGAUUCUUUCUGAAAAAGAGCAGAGAGCCUUUGAUCAGAAACUAAAAGAUAUUGAACAGAUGCAUCAAAAUCCUGACAAUUUCUAUUCAUUUAUGAUUAUGAAGAAAAACUUUGAUCCAAAGUACAUAGAAAAAGUGGUUAAAAAAACCUUGCAUAACUUGGAUAUGACCUCUAAACAAGCACAACUUGUUUGCUAUCUAACACUGUUAAACUCUUAUGUAGGAACAUCUACACUUUCAAUAUCACUAUGUGAAGAAUUCUUGGGAAUUAAUUCUCGAGAUUCUGGCAACAAAGACAGACUGAUAGAAAAAAUGGGAAUCUGUUCCAAUAUUCUAAUGUAUGUUCGGAGACAGGAAUACACAAGAUACCGAGGUCUACGUAUUGUUCACCCAUUGAUAGCAUGGACCUGCCUAACAGAAUUUAAGCAAACAUAUGGCUUGUCCAAAAGUGAAAUAAUAUUGCAGUUAUUGAAAGAGGAUUUAUUUUAUGAAACUCCGUUAAAGAAACUUAUUCGUGACAUACAAACCUUGCUGAUUACUAGACAGCGUAAAGAACAUGGUGAUGAUUUAGACACGUUGUUUUCCCCUUUAAUUGAAGCUAUUCAAAGAGAAGAGGAGUCUGCUAUUGUGGAAUGUGUGUUAAGACAAGCUUCCAUUAGGUUUAAGAAAAAUGCUCUCAUUUGCCAAGUCUUAGCAAGAUACUUUUACAUCAAAGAGAAAAAAUUUGACUUAGCAUUACUCUGGGCCAAAGAAGCCAAACAGCGAGCACCACACAGUUCAUACAUAUCAGAUACACUAGGUCGAGUCUUUAAAAGUCAGCUAAGAUACUGGGUAGACCACAAAGCAAAGAGUGCAAAUUUAACAGCUGAGAAACUGGAACAUUUGCUAGAUCUUGCUUACAAUGCUUCACAAGCUUUCAGAAUAUCUCAGCAUCAAGCUGAAAAUGAAGGCAAUGAACAUCUGCAGCGUCAAAAGCUUAAAAAUAAGUUUCAAAGUUACAAUACUUCUGGUUAUCUGGGAGAAAUAGAAACUGGUCUUUAUGUUAUUGAUGUCCUUACACUUGUUCCUUUCAUCAGCAAAGAAGUCUUGCAGUGUAGAGAAAACAUGAUAAAUCAUCUAUCAGAAAUUAGUGGUUUCAUUACAGAGAGUGAAAUGUUUGCAGCACUUAAACGUUAUUCCAGCUUUAUAGAUAAUUUGCAAUCAAAUUUGAAAAGGGCGUUUGAUUUUUUUGAAGACUACUUUGUGUUUUUCAAAACACGGAUGAAUGAAAAAGAAAUUGCAGAAGCAAAUAUAUACAGAAAGGUUCAAGAAUGCUUUACUAAAUUCACAAAAAUAUUUUGUGAUUGGAAUAUUGAUCAGCUGAGAAGCCAACAGCUCUUAAGGUGUCCCUUGACUCAGAAAAUAGAAGCAUUCAGAAAGAUAAUGGAGGCCUCCAAAGCAGACUCGUUUUCUGGACUUUUGGCAUACCUUCACAAAAAUCACAGAAAAGAUGAUAGUGAAAUAGAAAGCAUAGUAUAUGCAUAUGCACUUUUGUGUGAUGAGAAUCUACAAGCAACACUAGAAGAAAAACAGAAUUUUAUUUUGGCAAAUGUUGUUCUGAAUUGCAUUAAUCCUAAAUCCACUGAGUUACAUCAUUUUGAAGGGCUGAGAAUUCAACUUCGAAGUAUUCUGGACAGAGUGGAACCAAAUUCAUACUGUGUAGAGCCUUUCUUUCUUGCCUCCUUGUUGUUCUGGCCUGAAAAUAGAAAACAACUAAAUGAAGAUUCCAGGAAGAUGGACUACUAUCUUAUGCGCCUAAGUGAGUCAUUCAGAAAGCUCUAUGGAGCUGUGCAUCAUUCCAAGCAACCUCUGGCUCAUUUCUAUCUUGCAAAAGGCAGUGGUCUGAACAAAUUUGUUCACAAAAGAAAGAUAGACCAGCUUUGUAGCUCGCUUCCAGAACAAAAACUGAAUUCCCUCUGGCAGAAAGGAAAUAUCUGGGAGGAAAAGGCUGUUCGUGAUCUUUUGCUUCCUUUAGAUGGGAGAGCUGAGGGUACAGUUAUCUAUGUAAAUUAUGGCAGCAAUGAACCCUAUAGGAUACCAGUGCAGCCUGCUCUUUCAUGCCUAUCGAAAAAUGGCCCAAAUAUACAAAGAGUGUCUUUUUACCUUGGUUUUUCUAUUGCUGGUCUCCUGGCAUACAACAUACAAAGUUUAUAAUUAAAACAAUAAGAGCUGCAUUUUAGUAUAAAUUAUAUAUAUGAACAAACAAAUUAUAAAACAUAAUAUUUAGAAAACAAAAACAUAAUAUUUAGAAAAUGUGAUGGAAUUAAAUGCUAUGAUUCUUAACAACCCUGCUUUGUUAGCUUUUUUGGCAUUACUGCCAGGGAAAGAUGCUUCAACACUAUCCUCAGUCUUUUGCUUAUUGUAAGAAGGAUUAUAUAUUAUAAAACACACAUCAAGCAACAUUCCCUGACACUCCUUUGUACCUGGUGAAAUUUCAGCACAAGAUAUAUAUAUAUAAAUAGCUAUUUUAGUUUCAAAGCACUGUGGGGUGUUUUGUUUGUUUGCUUUUGUUUUUGUAUUGCUUUUCUCAUUGUAUAUGUUUGAAUUUGCUUACAGACCUUUACUAAUAACCAAGAUAUGCAUCUUGUGAGACAACAGAAGCACUUUAACUUCCUCAGGGCAUUAUGAAAUGAUUGUUAAAGAUGCAGCUAAUUCCUGCUCCAUAGUAAAAACAAACCUGAUUGAAGCCAAUUUAAAUAUAUUUUUUCUUUUGCGGUCUGCAUGCAACUGCUUUUUAAAAAAUGAAAAGAUACAUUUUGGCCUUUCUUUUCAUUAUAAAACUCAUGGGUUCUUUCGAGUUCUCUUACUGCAAAAAAAAAANAAAAAAAAAAAAGAAAGAAAAAAAAAAGAAAGAAAAGAAAAGCAAUUUAAAGACUUUAAAUUAUCAGUGACUGCAUUGGCUUCCUCAUGUGUAUAAACCUGCCUUCUUUGUUUGGACACAAUCAAUGUUCCAAAACCAGUAAAAUAUACUGAUGUGAAACACCAGAAACAUGAAGUUACUGCCACCCAGCAGGGAUGAGGCACUGUGCAAAAUGUGGCAUUUUUCACUAUAUGCAGUUCAUGAAAACUGGAGGAGUUUGGCACAAUUAACUUCCUGAGAAAGGUCUUCAGGGUAGAUCUUUUAUCAGCCCGCAAGUCCUCUUUUCUCCUUGUGUCAGGCAAGAAGGCAAGCAAAAAUAAAUGACUUCUCAGAAGAAGGCAAAUAAAAAUCACUGACAAAAAGAAAAAGAGUAAAGCAGCAUGCCAUUCCACUGUAGUGCAACUCUUUCAGUUGCAAAUGUGGAAAGGUAGCUUUACUAUAUAAUGCAGACUGCUCCUUAGUCAAAAUAUAUUUCUUUUGGCAGCUCCCUAUUGCAGUAACCAUUUCCCACUGACUGCACACUGUUUUCUCAUGUAUGCACUUUGUUUCUAAUGGUAUACUUUUAUUUCGGGUAGGAUGCUCUAGGAUCAAGUUGAAAAGUAAUUCAUAAUUUGUUCCAAUUAGUUCUUAGGAGGUCACUGUACAAUUUAACAUUGUCUAUUUACCCUUCCAAAUAAAGAUUUACAGCAAAGAAUUUGCCUUGUCUUCUUCAGAGCAACUGGAGACUUCAGUCUGCAUCUCAGUCAUGUUUCAUAAGAACUGCAAGUUUAAGUAAUGUUUGAAAAGAGCCUUAGCUGAGGGGCAGGUUAAAAGGAGGAGAUAUAGAAGAGGUGGCACUUGAAAGGGAAAAUCAUUGGGGACAUGGCUGGAGAUGCACUGCUGUAAAGGAGCAAUGCAGGCUGAGGCUGGGACACCUCUGAGGGACUGAAUCAUAACUCCGACUGACAUAUAGGAAACAAAUCAGGAAGAAGGGGCAAUGGAAAAGAUGAUGAAAAUAAUAAGAAGGACAAGUAGCAAAAAGAAAACACUACACACAUAUACCAACUUCCUUUGCUGCCAUUCACACUACCAGAAGCACUAGGAAGGACUGAGUAUAACACCUUGUGAAGACAAAGUUGGAUGCAUAAAGAGGUGCUGGACUGAAGUUCAGCCUGAAGAAGGAGGAAAAAAUGCAUUUCCCAAUGAUGAUCUUUAAGGUCCCUUCCAACACAAGCAGUUCUAAGAUUCUAAGUGUUUGCUUAGCUGUCUUUUGGCUUGUCAACAUUCCAAUCUGAAAUUAAAAGUUAUAUUUAAUUUGGCAAUAAAUUAAGUUAAAUUGCCCAGUUUGAGACUGUUCUGCCUGUAAUGUGCCCAUUUACUAAUAACCCUUGUGUUCUGGCAUAGUGGAUUACAUGCUAGGCUCACUACAUGCCUACGUGAGUGUACGGAAGUAGAUUUUAUUAUUUUUAUAUAACAGUCUGUUUUUUAUAGAAUUGUAAUUUUAUCAGUAGUAGCUUAUUAAUAAAUACAGGAAUUUGAUAACAUCCUUAACUGUGCAGUGUGGAACUGUACUUGAUGAUACAUAUCAUAUGCAAAGGUCAACAGAAUUGCUCUUUGCAAGUAUUUCCUAUUUUCCAUUACUUUGUACAAUGGCUUAUAACUUUGUUAAUCACUGCACUUGAAAACUAAACUCUCCCAUGCCAAA